GCGAGGGCUCCAUGUUUACCUUUGAGUGCGGCCAGCUCUUCCGUCGAGAAGAGUUCGUCUCGCAUUUUCGCAAUGUUCAUGGAGAUAUCCACUCUGGACUCAAUGGCUGGAUGGAGCACCGUUGUCCGUUAGCGUAUUAUGGCUGCACAUACUCCCAACGCAGAUUAUGCCCUUCCAAUCAAGGCUCGAAGGUAGUUCAUGACCGUCACCUCAGGUCAUUCGGGGUGCAACCGUUCUUGGAACCUGUGACAGAACCCAAGUGUGAUCAUCUUAGCGGAUUGCCAUUUGAAGUACUUCAACAUGUAGCCCGAUUUUUGGAUGGCUUUAGCCUAUGUCAGCUGUCAAUGGUGUCUCGUACAAUGAGGGAUGUUUGCGCCAGUCUGCUGCAGACUCGUGGCAUGGUGGUGGUACAAUGGGAAAAGAAGCAAUAUUUGGAUGGAAGACGAACCUGGCAGAUAAAAGACAAGGUUUGGCGUUUCAGCACAGCCUUUAACCCGGUUAACAGGUGGGAGUUUGCGGACAUCUCUAGCAUGGCAGACCACCUGAAACGUUGCCCAUACAAUGAAGUCCUCCGACAAGUGGAGGCGGUUCCACUGCCCUGCAUGUGCACGACCAGAGAGCUAACGCGAGACGGCAGAUCGCUUCGAUCUGUUCUCAAACCAGUAUCAUAAUGCUACAGAAACUUAGUUUGCAAAACAUAACUAAAACACUACGAUAUCUAACCUCUUCGGUCUACAAUAUAAUAUCACUGUGUAAAUAAAAGGAAGCUAAAUAUUUUUUGUUUUGAUGUUAAGAUUAUUUUUUUAUUAAUAUAUCAAAGAUUAAUUUGGGCUGAAGGUGCAUGAUGCAAGGUUCCUCUAGGAAAAAUGGUUUGGCUUCCUCUGACACACACCCAUGCUUUCUUUAUCAAGACCAAGGCUGAGAGUGGACUGGUUUAAAGGAGAGUAAACAUUGGUGAAACAAGGCUUAAUUCAGUGGGAUUAUAUGAGCCUCAACGUGACAAAUAGCACUUGAUUUAUUUGUCUUGACACAGCAAGAUAAUCUCUGUAAUCUCUUUAAAGAUUAUCAGAUAAUGACUUCUGGUUCCUGUCAGUACAUAUCCACUCUGUAGUAUAGUUGCAUGGUUUGGUUAAGAUACCGUGGUUCAGUUUUGCUCCAUUUUAUGGUGACAUUGCAGACAGGUGCACUUCUCCCUGACCCGGGAACAGCUGUGAUCAUGCUUAAGAAUUCAAGGGUUUGGAUUUAUAUUGGGUUUC